UUUGUUACCUUUUUCUUUUCGUCACCAUUUGUCAUAGCGGAAACAAUAAAUAAAGAGGGUUCAUAAAAUAUUUUUACCAUGGCCGAACUUGGGGGUGAAAAUCGCUAUGUGGAUCUCACCUUUCUCAAAUCCCCCCAAAAGCCAGCAAUCAAUUAAAUUGUUUUUUUGUUCUUUCUUUUUUUCUUGAAACGAUCUGAAAAAGAGGACGCACAGUGAAACUUAUGAUCAUGUAUGGAGGAGGAGCAGAGAAGGAAGGUGGAUUGGCCAAUCACAUGUCAAAUGGAGGAGUGACAUUGAAGAAAGGGCCCUGGACGGCGGCUGAAGAUGAAACACUUGCUGCCUACGUUAGAGAGAAUGGUGAAGGAAACUGGAACGCUGUUCAGAAAAACACUGGCUUGGCUCGCUGCGGCAAAAGUUGCCGUCUCCGUUGGGCCAAUCACCUCCGACCUAAUCUUAGAAAAGGUUCUUUCACAGGAGAAGAAGAACGUCUCAUCAUCCAGCUUCAUGCUCAGCUUGGUAACAAAUGGGCUCGCAUGGCCGCUCAGUUACCGGGAAGAACAGAUAAUGAGAUCAAGAACUAUUGGAACACGAGGUUGAAACGCCUUCAACGCCAAGGACUUCCUAUUUAUCCUCCAGAUAUCAUCCCUAACCAUCAACUCCAUCCACAUCCACAUCAUCAUCAUUAUCAACAACAAAAUCAUCAUCAUCAGCAGCAUCAACAUCAACAAAUGUAUUUUCAACAACAAUCUUCACAACCAAACACACCAUCAUCUUCUCCUCUUCCAUCUCCAACGCCAUUACACGCAAACCCCUCCUCAUCUUUCACUUUCCACACCACAAACGCAUCAACCGCUUAUCUCCUCCAUCCUUUAAGCCCUCACACUCCAACCACACCGCAAACUCCUUCUCAACUCUCUUCCACACCGCCUCCACCGCCAUUAUCUUCUCCUCUAUCUUCUCCUCGAAACAAUCAAUAUCCAACUCUUCCUCUUUUCACCUUUCCAAGUUCCCAAAUCAACAGCAACACCAAUUUCACUUUCCCUAGACCACCGCCUCUCCUCCAACCGCCAUCAUCGCUCCUCGCCAGACGCUACAACAAUUCCAACACUCCUCUCAACUGCAUCAACCACGUUUCAACCGCACCAUUUUCACCUGUUUCUAGAGACUCUUACUCUUCAUUUCUAACACUACCUUACUCUUCCCCUACUGCUCAAACCGCUAAUUACCAUAACACUAACAACAGUUACUCUUCAUUCUCUUUAAACCCUUCACCUUCUUCUUACCCUGCAACAACUUCUUCCCCAAGCUUUCUUCACUCUCAUUACACUCCUAAUUAUUCUUCCACCUCCUUUCACAACAACCCGGUUUACUCCAUGAAACAAGAGCUCUCUUCAAACCAAAUCCCCCAGAUAAGUGUCUUUAAUAAUGUCAACAACUUCACAGACAAUGAGAAACAGAACAAUACCAAUCUUCACAGAAGCAUUAGCUGCAGCCUCUUGGAGGAUGUCCUCGAAGAGGCCGAGGCUCUAGCCAGUGGAGACGGAGACCGACCUUCAAAACGGAGACAACUCACUGCUUCUCCUCCUAACCACCACGACAACAAUAACAACGAUAAUGAUAAUUUCUUUUCAGUUAGUUUCGAACAAUAUGAUUCUUCUGAAAACAUAUGUUCCUUACAAGGUAAAUUAAAACUAAAAACUUCACCUACACUUCUCUCCGUUUAA